AUGUCUGGACGAGGUAAAGGCGGUAAAGGGCUCGGGAAAGGAGGCGCUAAGCGUCACCGUAAAGUUCUUCGGGAUAACAUCCAGGGCAUCACCAAACCCGCCAUCCGUCGUCUCGCUCGCCGCGGCGGGGUCAAGCGUAUCUCCGGUCUGAUCUACGAGGAGACCCGCGGUGUGCUGAAGGUGUUCCUGGAGAACGUGAUCCGCGAUGCCGUGACUUACACCGAGCACGCCAAGAGAAAGACCGUCACCGCCAUGGACGUCGUGUACGCGCUGAAGCGACAGGGACGCACUCUUCACCAUCGCUCAGGGCGGCGUGAAAUGGCAAGAACCAAGCAGACGGCUCGUAAAUCCACCGGAGGCAAAGCCCCGAGGAAGCAGCUCGCCACCAAAGCCGCCCGUAAGAGCGCUCCAGCCACCGGCGGCGUCAAGAAGCCUCACCGCUACAGGCCCGGCACCGUGGCUCUGCGAGAGAUCCGUCGCUACCAGAAGUCCACCGAGCUGCUGAUCCGCAAGCUGCCCUUCCAGCGUCUGGUGCGAGAGAUCGCUCAGGACUUCAAGACGGACCUGCGCUUCCAGAGCUCCGCCGUCAUGGCCCUGCAGGAGGCCAGCGAGGCUUAUCUGGUCGGUCUGUUCGAGGACACCAAUCUGUGCGCCAUCCACGCCAAGAGAGUCACCAUCAUGCCCAAAGACAUCCAGCUGGCCCGCCGCAUCCGCGGAGAGCGCGCUUAAACGCCUGACUUCACAAGUCUCGAAACCCUACAAGGCUCUUUUAAGAGCCACCUCAAUUUGUCUAACAAAAAGCAAUUACCUGAAUUUCUGUAAAACAUGCUCGGUGCACACUUUUUUUGUAUCUUCUAGUUAAAAAUUUCAA